UGUGUUUUCUUUAAGAGUUAUUUUUCAAGUUUUGUUGGUGGACCUUUUCUUUUGUAUUUUGUGGACAAAUUCCUCUGAUUUAACUGCCGACCUGUACAUCUCCAGCCAGGACAGCUGGGUUCAUUUACCCUCGGACCUGAGCCAGUGAACUUGUUCUAAAAUAUCUGGGGACUGUAAAGCCAACAUGACCAGUGGGCGUUGUGUAUUUGUCUUGUUCUCCCUCCUUCAUGUGUCACUGAGUGUGGAAAUGACGGGGCUGUAUGGCAGCUUCACCUCCCCCAACUUCCCCCAGCCAUACCCUGACAACCAAUACGUACUGUGGAACAUCAGCGUCCCAUAUGGUCACAGGGUCAGAGUCUACUUCACCCACUUCAGCAUGGAACCCUCCCACCGGUGUGAAUACGACUACAUCCAGGUUUUGGCGGAGGUAAAUGAAACCUUGCGAUUCUGUGGUGAGGAGGAGAAGAACUACGAAAGCGCUCCGAGGAACACCGUCAUCCUGUCAGCCGGAAACCUCAUGUCAGUGGUCUUUAGGAGCGACUACUCUAACGAGGGCCGAUUCACCGGCUUCCAAGCGUUUUACACAGCAGAAGAUAUCGAUGAAUGUCUGUCCAAGAUUGAUGGAGAGAAAGCGUGUGACCAUUUGUGCCACAAUUACAUUGGUGGAUUUUACUGCACGUGCAGAGAAGGAUACCUUCUACACGACAACAACAGAACCUGCACAGUGCCAUGCCACAGCCAAGUGCUGACCUCACCUUCGGGGGUCCUGACCAGUCCCGGCUACCCGAAACCUUACCCUCCCAUGAUUCAAUGUGACCACACCAUCCGUCUGCCAGAGGGCCACAGGAUAAUCCUGGAUUUCUUGGAACCCUUUGACGUAGAGGGACACCCAGAUGUCCCCUGUCCAUAUGAUAUGUUGAAGAUUUCGACAGCUGGACAGGAGUACGGACCCUUCUGCGGAUCCAUCGCACCAGCCCGCAUUGACACAGGAAGCUAUCAAGUGCAUGUUAGUUUCAGAUCCGAUACUGGUGGCAAAAACAAGGGGUGGAAGAUCAAGUACACAAGUAGGCUGAAUGCCUCACAUUAACUGAAGGAUUGUUGCCACGAACAUUGUGCAUCUCAUUAUAUACAACCUGAAAAUUUUAUGGUGACUUUUACGAUGGAGCAACUUCACACAACCAUAAUUUUUGUGAUGAAAUUUGGAUAUUGUGUUAAGGCUCGCAGACAUAUUAUCUUAAAGGAGAUAUAUUUGCUUAUAUUUCAGUUGAUAAUUUUAAUUUUUUCUUAUUUAAAAAGGUUUACAUACUUUUUUGUACCAGCACAAUCCUUUGCAAAUUGGCUACAUACACAAGAUAAAAUAUAUAACACACUAGAGGAGAGAGAAAAACUGAAUAUAGAAUAAUAUAUCUCCUUUAAAGCUAUAUGACAUUGUGAACUUGGCACUCAAAACACCUGCCAAAUUUCAAGAUCUUUCAUUGUAUGUAUCUUGAUUAUAUCCAAUUUUAUUGUUCUCUGUCUUUGAUGACAUCAACAAUCAUUUUUAACCCCUUUUUAUAAGGUUUUUUUUUUUUGCUUAUUUUUUUUUUACUGCAAAUUAACAAGUAAGGCUAAGAAGAAACUUGUUUUAGCUGACUUUUAUUGAGAGACAUAUCUUGGCAUUAUUGUAUAAAACCUGUGGCUCUAUGUGACCAAACAACAAUUAGGAUUAAAAAAACUAUUCCACAAAAUACCGUAGCUGAGUGUAAACAAUUCU